UUCCAUCACUGAAAAAAAAAAGAUGUCGGUAUUGAAGUUGCUGUCCAACAAACAGUUCAUCACCAGAGACCACCGGAAAGAGUGCUCCGACGUCGAAGUCGUAGAGUACGCCGGCGACCCGCGCGAUUUCGGGAUGGUCGACCUCGACGCCCGCAGCUGGGGCCAUUCGUCCGUCGUCGGCCCUUCCGCCGAGGCGAAGUUCGAGGCCCUGGAGGUGUUCGGCGUCACGAUCGGCGGCGAGCAACUGAAGGAGCUGAUCGAGGACUUGAAGGUGGGCUGUAGUAAGGACGGCAGGGCAUCGCUUUGUCUGGCGGUCAACCGUCAGGGUCUUUGUUUCGUGGCGGUGAAUACGGUGAAAGGACUCAGGGGGUUGAGAGUCAACGACCACUUCGGCUGGUCCAAGUACGGUGUGGUGCCAGAAAUCGGUGGCGACGACGUAUGGAGCGUCUGUGACAUGGGAAACGGCGACGUUUUGAUGGGGCCUCCCACCGUGGACGGAAGCUGCGGUGAAGAUGAAGAUGGCAAGUUUUGUGGUGUGUGGAAGAAAGUGGUGGAGGAGAAGGAGAAGGUGAUGGAGAAGACGGAGGCGCUGCUCAGGAAGUCGAUCGAAGAGAAGGAACAGGAGGCGGCUUCUCUCAAGGCUGCCCUAAACGCCCUUACUAGUGCGGCAAAUAGAAAGAAAGAAAGAAAAUUAGCUUAGCUAGUGUGGUGUUCUAUGUUUUUUCUAUAAUAAUAAUAAAAAAAGUGUAGAUGGUUGUGUUAAUGUUAAUUACGUACAUUAUAUUCAGAUUUGUACAAAUUUCAAACUUAAAUGAGUAGAUUUUAUUUGUUGAUGUGUCAAUAAUUAAGCAACAUGUGAUUUAUGAUUAAAUCUCUAAACAAUUCGAGUUAUUUGAUGCUAAAAUCAAUAUUAAUUAGGAAUGAAAUUAUUUGAUGCUA